GUCUAUAAUUUUUUUUUCUAUGGUUGGCAACACCCUUUAAACAAUUCCGUCAUUCAUAGAACAAGAAGGAAAGGUGUAAAAAAGAAACGAAUAUAGUGGUCGCUUCGAUUUAUCCACUAAUAAAUAAGCGUUAAAAAGAGAAGACGUAUUCUCUUUCAAAUAGUGAAGAUUUUUUGACAUACUAUAAAGUUGCCAGAAUAAUCCAGUAUACUUAAAUAAUUGCAGUUUCUACAUGAUUUAAUUGAUGUAUCGUAUAACUUAAAAUUUAUUGAGUAUUGAACAAUUUAAUGUUGUGAUGUGCAUUUUUUUUUUUAAUGUUUAGUGGUUCUAAUAUUUUACAAAAUCUUUUCAAUUUGGCAUCAUAUUGUAUUUUCUCUUUCUGGCAUUUUUUUUGUACUAUUGCAGGGCUUCUCGUUUUUGUUCGUAAAUUUUUCUUGCGGCUACUUUUCACUCAUAUUCAUUUAGCUCUUUUUUCGUCUACUUUCACACUCUUCUAUGAGGAGAGUGGAUUUUUGCGUAAAGAAUUUUCAAAGGUUACAAAAAUGGAAACGAUUGCGAAAUUGCUUUAAUUCACCAUAAAUUUGUUUUUAGAAAAAAAAACAUUAUUUAUUUCUGUUUAUACCUCAAUUACUUCAGAUAAAAAUGUGAAAGGUAAAACAGUGAAAGCAGGUUGAAGUCAUUCAUUUCUUUACAGACACUCGUCCAACCCUAAAGGUGUGCAGGGGUGGAAAGUAAUAUCGUGACGGCUACGCUUGUUGACAUUUAGAGGAUUGACAAAUUAAAUAAAUUAAAAAGACAUAUAUUUAUACGCUUAUAUUAAGCCGGACCGAUAGUGGUGAGUUGGCCGGUUCGUGCGUAAUGAGUAAUGGUCCAUAAAUCCUCUAGUGAUUCAUUUUAUAUUUAUUUUACGUCCGGGAGCCCAUUCCCAAUACAAUGAAGUGAAAGCUAGUGCGAAAUAGAGUUUAAACAACCAUUAAAUCUUUAAUUUUAUAAUGAAUCUUUUAUGGUUUUUACUUAAUUGUAUUUUAUUAGAAACACUCACAGCAUAAUAAAUUGAAUCGGGCGAAAAGUCUGCCUAGUCCAAAAAACACAGUGCGAUAAAAAUAUUUUUAAGGAAUAUUUUAUUAAGAACCAAUGAAACAAAAAAGCAAUAUAAAUACAUUGUAAUUCUACAAAGCCAUCGGAUAACUUCGUAUACAUAACAUCAAAUUAAAACUGCAAAAACGAAACUAAAUUUUUCCAAAAACCUAAAUAACCAAACCUUUAAGUGCAACUAUAAAAACUUCGUUUAUUGCAACGUCUGCAACAAUAAGUUGUUGCAAAAAUUUAACAAAAUUCCAACGGCUUACAAUUAAUUAUAAGUUAAAAUCGCAAUAUAUUCGGGAAAGCGCUAGCAUAAAAAUAAAUCUCGAUGGGCACUAAUUCAGGAGCAACAACCGGCAUAAAUAAUAAACCCGUCGGUGCGGGUGGUGCAAGCGGUAGUAGCGUUGUUGGUGGUGGCGGCGCCAGUGGUGUAGGAGGCGUUGGCGGUGUUGGUGGUGUUGGAAACAACAGUUUGAGCGGUGCCGUCGGAGUUGGAGGGAUUGGCGGUAGUAAUAUUAAUAGUUCGCCCGGAACUGUAGGUCUUGGUACCGGUAGCAAUGGUAGUGAAGAUAGUGGCAAUGGCGGAGGUGGCGGGUCUACCGGCCAAAACAAUCAACAAACUACGCCACAAUACACCAUACCAGGCAUACUACACUUUAUACAGCAUGAAUGGUCCCGUUUCGAAUUAGAACGCUCUCAAUGGGAUGUGGAUAGAGCUGAAUUACAGGCGCGCAUAGCAAUGCUAUUGGGCGAACGAAAAUGUCUCGAAAGCCUCAAAUCAGAUUUAACACGACGCAUUAAAAUGUUAGAGUACGCUUUGCGGCAAGAGCGUGCUAAAUUCUAUCGACUCAAAUAUGGUACUGAUCCGCCUCAAUUGAACGAAUUGAAGCCACCAACUGAUGAUGCCGGUCUUGGUAGUGAAGUAGCGCCUGAUUCGGAAGUACCAUACAGUUCAGUAUCGAAUACAACUUGGCGGCAGGGUAGACAGAUGCUACGACAAUAUUUGGCCGAAAUCGGUUACACAGAUAAUAUAAUCGAUGUACGUUCGAAUCGAGUGCGCUCAAUACUUGGUCUCAAUAACAACUCCGAACAGGAGGAGAAUGUCAGUCCCAAUAUAAAUGGCAAUGAGAAUAAUAAACGUACUGCGGAAUCAGAGGGUCGUCGCACACCAGCUAAAAAAGCACAACAAAAUGAUGCCAUAAUUUUGGAUACUGAGGCCGCGGUAAUGGCUAAUUUCGAAUUUCUUGGUACUACUGAAAUGUCUGAUGACGAUGAGAUUUCUGACGAUCUUGAAAUGGUAUCUGGCGAAAACGAUGAUACCGAUAUGAAAACAACAAAACGUAACAAAAGUAGCAAGGAUUUGAUAAGCGAAGGAUACUCAUCAUCGAAUACGACGGAACAAUUGAACAACACUGCUAACAAUGCAGCUGCCUCAGCCGCGGCCCGGCGCAAUCUCAUUACCGCUGUCACAGCCGGUGGCGAUGAAGAGGUUGACGCCUCGCUCGGCCUUGGCGAGCUGGCACAAUUGACAGUGAACAACGAGGCGGAGAGUUCGUACGAUGCGAACGCUAAGGAUGGCACUGGUGGCGGUACUGGUAGCUACCGUAAAACCUGGAAUGCCAAAUAUACGCUGCGUUCCCACUUCGAUGGUGUACGUUCAUUGAUUUUCCACCCGGAAGAACCGGUGCUGAUCACUGCAUCUGAAGAUCACACACUCAAAUUGUGGAAUCUACAGAAAACGGUACAAGCCAAAAAGUCAGCUAGUCUCGAUGUGGAACCACUAUAUACGUUCCGUGCACAUACCGGACCCGUACUGUGUCUCGGCAUGUCCACCACCGGUGACGUUUGCUAUUCGGGCGGUUUGGAUGGUAACAUUGAAUGCUGGCAGCUACCAUCGCCAAACAUCGAUCCCUAUGAUUGCUACGAUCCGGGCGUACAUUCAGGCACAUUAGAGGGUCACACAGACGCUGUGUGGGGACUGACCACGAUGCAUAGCAAUAUUGUGUCAUGCUCAGCUGAUGGCACCGUGAAACUCUGGUCGCCAUACACCAAGGAGCCGCUAUUGCGCACCUACACUGCUUCCGAGGCUGAAGGUACACCAUCAUCUGUGGAUUUCGUGCGCAAUGAAGUCGAUCACAUUGUGGUGGCGUAUAAUAGUGCUCAUUGUAUUGUGUAUGAUACGGAAACCGGUAAGCAGGUGGUCAAAUUGGAGGCUACACAAGAGAUGUCUGGCAAUACGGGGAAAUUCAUUAAUAAAGUGGUAUCGCAUCCGACGCUGCCUACAACAAUCACUGCGCAUGAGGAUCGACAUAUACGCUUCUGGGACAACGUUUCGGGUACGUUGAUACACUCGAUGGUGGCACAUUUAGAACCGGUCACGUCGCUUGCUGUGGACGCGCAUGGCCUGUAUUUGCUGUCGGGCUCACACGAUUGCUCGAUACGACUUUGGAAUUUAGACAAUAAGACAUGCGUGCAGGAGAUCACAGCGCAUCGCAAGAAAUUCGAUGAGAGUAUAUUUGAUGUGGCGUUCCAUGCUACUAAGCCAUACAUCGCUAGCGCUGGAGCGGAUGGCUUGGCCAAAGUGUUCGUUUAAAUAUGCAUAUUUUGGCCUAAUCGAAAUCAUCGUCAAAACAACAACCACCACCACCACCAAACAACAACAACAACCGGCUAGAUAACAAACAUAUAUGUGUGUGCGUCAUUAAAAAGUGAUGGUGAAAGCAGUGAGUUGAGAAAAUUGAUUUUAAAAUGACCAUGCGACGUUGAUGAAAGCGACGGAGGAGGAGUAGCAGAGUAAUUUAGUAAAACACGACACGCUGUUAGGGGAGUUAGUGGAGCAGGAGGAUGUCAAAUAGCAAGCAAGCAAGCAGUUGAACGAUUGAAGAAUUGUAGUGCAAGUAGAGCUGUAGUUGGUUUAAAUUAACAAAACAGAAGUAACAAAAACAAAAAAAACUAAUUAUAUAUAUAUAUAUGAUACAUUUAUUAUUAUAAAAAUAUGGAUUAAGAAGCAUUUCUACUACAUACAUACAACAACAACAAAAGAAAAUUGCUAUAUAUAUAUAUACAUACAUAAUAAAUAAAUAAAUAAUAAAACUUUUCUAAAAACAAACAACAACUACAAAAUGCAAGAAAUAAAAAUUAAAUUAAAGAGCAUUCAUAAUGACAUGAGUGUUUCCCAUGUCUUAGUAAUUAGAGCUAGAGAGGAUUUGCGUACGCAAGCGAAAAUCGAAUGAUAUACUCAACACAUGAAUGUAUUAAGUGUAUGAAUAAAUAUUAAAUAUAUAUAUAGUUUACAAUUACAA